UGAUUGCGUAUGGGUUACGAUACAAGAAUUGUGUUGAUUUGACACUACUUAGCAGACCUCAAGUGAGACAGAGAAUAUUAACGUGCGGAAACGUAGUCUCUACUAGAGACUCGUGACGGCGCGUGUGUGUGUGUGUCUGGGGGGGGCGAACACACACCCUUUCCCGUCGAAACUGCUAAUGUUACAAAGGUCCUUCCCCUUUUGACAUGAUUUGAUGCGCAGACACACACACACAGACUAGCCCAGCCCGGAACACCAUGCGGGCGCGGAGAGAAGUGUCCGCCGGACCGCCGAUCGCAGCCGUGGCUGCUGUGCUCCUGUGUGCCACUCUGCCCUUGGGUACGGCUCACGCGUUCAAAUCACAACUGCUGUCCAGGCGCGGGAGCGCGCCUCUCGGCGCCACGCACUCGGUCUUCUACAGAACAGUGUACUUCGAGCAGAAGAUAGAUCAUUUUGGGUUUUUUGAGGAUGGCACGUUUAAGCAGAGGUAUCUGGUCAACGACCAGCACUGGCACGAGGAAGGCAACCCCAUCCUCUUCUACACUGGCAACGAAGGAGACAUCACCUGGUUCUGCAACAACACUGGCUUCAUGUGGGACGUCGCUGAGGAGCUGGGUGCCAUGCUGGUGUUCGCAGAACAUCGCUAUUAUGGCGAGUCCAUGCCGUUUGGACAAGAUUCCUACAAGGAUGCAAAGCACCUGAACUACCUCACGUCAGAACAGGCGUUGGCUGAUUUUGCUGUGCUCAUCCGAGAGCUGAAGAAGACUGUCCCCGGAGCCCAGGAUAGUCCCGUGGUGGCCAUUGGGGGAUCCUACGGGGGGAUGCUCUCGGCUUGGAUGCGGAUGAAGUACCCCAACGUAGUGGUGGGAGCCUUGGCUGCCUCUGCUCCCAUCUGGCAGUUCACCGAUAUGGUGCCUUGCAGUGUCUUCUACAAAAUAGUGACGGAAGGUUUCUCACGGAAUGGAGCAGACUGCUCUGACAGCAUCCGGAAGUCCUGGUCGGCGGUGGACAACGUGUCCUCCACUGAGGGUGGCCUGAAGUGGCUCUCCAAUGAGUUCAGCUUGUGUUCACCCCUCGAAAAGGAGGAUGUCCUGGUUUUCAAGGCUUGGCUGCAGGAGACCUGGGUCAAUCUUGCCAUGGUCAAUUACCCAUACGAGGCCAACUUCCUGCAGCCCCUUCCGAGGUGGCCGGUUCAGGUCGCCUGCACGUACCUCCAGGACUCAUCGCUGCCAGACGCACCGCUGCUGCAGGGCAUCUCCAAGGCUGUGAAGAUGUACUACAACUACACAGGGAACACCCAGUGCCUCAGAAUUUCCGAGACUGCCACUGGAAAUCUGGGCUACCUCGGCUGGUACUAUCAGGCCUGUACGGAGAUGGUGAUGCCGAUGUGCACUGAUGGCGUUCAGGACAUGUUUGAGCCCCAGUCCUGGGACUUCGAGGCCUUCUCAGAAGAGUGCUACGGCCGAUUUGGAGCGAGGCCCCGGGCACAGUGGGCUGGUACUGUCUACGGAGGGAAAGACAUUGGUUCCCACAGCAACAUCGUCUUCAGCAACGGGAACCUGGACCCGUGGUCGGGCGGCGGGGUGACUCAGAGUUUCUCCAGCAACCUGGUGGCCGUGGUGAUUCAAGAUGGUGCGCACCAUCUGGACCUACGCUUCAACAACAACUAUGACCCAUCUUCGGUGCUGAAGGCCCGGGCCCUUGAGUUGAAGUACAUCAAAAUGUGGAUCGAGCAGCACUCCCUAUCCAACAAGGCGGCCGCUCCCUGCUGCCUCUGAAGCUUCAGGUACUCCACCGAUUAGAUGAUGGUGCUCUUAGGAACUUUCCAUCCUUAGCAUCAAAUCGCUUUGUCGCCCAAAAUCAGUCAGGAAAACUCUUAGCUUUUAUGAAAUGUUCUUUUCCUGUAAUGCUAAAUGUUUACUUAAUUUUCCUUUAUGCCAUAUUACCUCAUGGUUGCUGUAAUUUUACUUCUCUUGAUGGUGAUUUAUUCAGUCACACAUUGUGCAUGUUACAUCAGUUUGAGUUGAUCAACAUUAAGACAGAGGUGGUCUUAUUUGCACUGUUAUUUAAUUAGACUGUUUUUGAAUGUUUUUUUUUUUUUUUUUUUCCCCUCCAUCUUCACCUGUCUUGAGCCCUGUCUUAAAAUGCCUUCUUGAAAUCCACGUUGAAAACACAAUUUUUAGAUCUAGGAAUGAUUGUUAGCUACCAUUCAGUGUACAUGGGGGAAAAAUGAACAUUAUUUUCUCUCAUGAUUGGUAGUAAUGUAUUUGUGCCAUUUGCCAUGGGCUCAGCCAAUUAAAUGGCGUCCAGAAUUACCAAAGAGUUGUUGGACCAUAAAGUUUGUCAGGCUACAAACUUCACAUGAGUUUUGGAUAGCAAUAAUUAAGCUGAGUUUACAUUCCAAAAAACCAAAACAAUAUUACAUUUAACACCAGUGUCUUGUAUAGUCAUAGAAAAUCUUAAGUGCUAUGACAGAAUAGUAUGAACUGUUGGUAAUCCUCACCGAAUUGUCUUUUGUAUGUUUUUCUAUAUUAUCAUGUUUCACUUUUUACACGAGGUGAU